ACUGACACAAGUCCUGGGUCCUGGGUCCUUGUACCCAGCAAACAACGUUUCAUUCUUAUCGGCCUUGACCUUGGACAAUCCCAAUCGUGGCCACCGACAGUUGGUAUCUGGAGGUGUCGCACACCCAUCGGUCGCAUCGCCUUAACAUUGCGACGCCCCCUUCGUAGUCUUGACCUGGACCUGGACCUGAUCCUGCGCUGACAGCUACCGGUUGGCAUUCCCACUCUUCACACAUCAUGGGCCGAUUUUUCAUUCCCCGGCAAUGGCGAUUGCCAAAAUUCGUCUAUGCCCUUAUGAUUCUCGAGCUUCCCUUUACUGUCGCAAAUCUGACACUAUUUGGUAUCGCAUCGCCUAAUUUAUACCGGACAAUAUUAUGGGCGGAAGGUGGAAGGAGAGGUUUUAAUAGCGACCCGACUACGAUUUUAUAUGCCUACGCAAACUACAGACCCGUUAAAAUGCCAAUCGUAUGGAGCAAUUUUAACACACAGUACAACCUCGUCAUUGGCGUCUUGUGCAUGUUCUUUUGGCUCGUGAAAACGCCCAUGUGGCUACUCCACGUUUUCUAUCCCAUCCUGUCCCUUCCGCUGCAUAUCGCUCUCACGACCUUGUGGGCCUAUUCCCUCUAUGUGCAGACUGCGCCUGAUACCAUCGACCCCAAGAGGAUCAACAAUGGCCCGCCGUGGUUCAUCACCAAGAACUGCAACAUCGUCGAGGACAAGAAUGUCAGGCACUACUGCAUGCAAGCGAAAGCCUCUUUUGCAGUGUCUGUCUGCAUGCUCGUGAUCAAUGCUUCCUUCCUUAUCUUAACAAUCUAUUCUCUCGUUCCCACGAAAGAGGCGCGCGCAGCCCAUGAGACCAAAGUCGCCGAGAAGAAGGCGGAGAAGGAGAAAUGGGCCGCCCUCGAGGCGUCCAUGGACCACAACGACAUGACGGCCGAAGAACAAUGGCAACACAUGUGGGAACUGCAACAAUUGCCACGAACGCCAGGGACGGCCGGUGGUUUCAAACAUCCAAUGACGCCACGCACGAGAGCCUUUUCGGCGCUGGACGGUGGCCAUGAGCAGGCACCGAUGCCUGCGGAUGGAUUCUAUACACGGGACGCUCCUAAGAGUCCAAGGAUGAUGCAGCAGCAGGCAGAGUGGUAUCCGCCGCCCAACUCUCAGCAGCAGGAGUCGUGGCACCCGCCUCAACCACAGCAAGAGAUCUCGCCCGUUCAUCAAUACGAAGACUGGAAGGGGAAGGGCUCAGCGUAUUAGGCGAUUGAAUGACGCUCGAAUCGCUCAUUCUCCGGCUGAGGCCCUUCGUACUUUUAAUGUCUUUUCGAAUUGUGGCGUUCUAGCGACCUUUGUUCUUUUUUUGUUUUUGUGAACCUUUUGAGAUACCUACCCACUCAUUUG